AUGGUUGGCUUGUAUUUAUCCACCGUCUCAAUUUUGCCCUCUAUCUUUACAAUCCCUUUAUCGAUACCUCCAUACCCUUCCCCUCCCUCCAAUCGAAACGCUCCCUCCGGUGAGACAGAGUUCGAGUUCAUGCUAUGGAAAGAGAGAUCACCCAGAUCGUGUCAUUUCCUGGGUGAGACUAUCUUCAAGAAGGUUGUUAUGUCCUCAGCCCCAACCCCAUUUGCUUCCGAUCACUAUCAGAAUGCUGCUGAUCAAGAAGACCCUCACUGCACAGUUAUGGCAAUCCUAGACACUGAGCACCCAAAACGACUUGCCUUCUGCAGGAUUGGGGACACUUCAUGGAAUGCAUUAGAUUCACCCGUAUGGGGCUCCUAUGAUGAUCUCUUGUAUUUCAGCAAGAACAAACUUUUUUAUGCUGUGAGCAGGAGUGGUGAUGUAGAAUCCUGGAAUCUCAGCGACCCUUCUUCUCCAAAGAGAUCUCUUGAAAUUUCAAUUUCUACUGAUCCUCCAAUAUUGCAACCGACAAUGAAUAACCACCAACAGAGUGUGAGAUCUUACCCUUAUACUAAUCCUUCAAAGUAUUUGGUGGAAUCUUCAGGGGCAUUGCUGAUGGUUCUGAGGUACCGACGUUUUCACCCCAAUCAUGAUGAAAGCAUUUGA